GUCACCUCCAAGCUCGUCCUCGUCGCCCCCACCGCUCCCAAGAAGUGCCAACCCUUUGCCGCCCCGUCAGUGGUCCAUCGCGGGAAGUGUCACUGUCCAACUGUCGUAGCGCGCAUCAUCUCCACUCGCGACGGAGGACUCCUGUACGAAGUACCCAGGUACCUCUCUCUAACUCGAGUAGCAUCCCAGGACCCCAGCACGCGGUGGCAGUGACUUUGGCUGGCGAUAGUGGAGCCACUGCAACCUCGAUUCAGAGCGGUCUCCACCUCGCGUUUAUUUUCCGCCCACCUUUGGUCAACGGCCACGGUUAAAGGGCCCUCUGCUCCACUUAACACCUCGAAUUCUCCAUCUUGAGCCUCAACCUGCACUGCACGCCUUCUUUGCUUUUCUUCCUCGUCGAUUUUUUUUUUGCCGUGGUUGCGCUUUUGUGUGCCAUCUCCAUUUUGAUACUGGCAGUGUGCCCUCCGCAAGCUCUCGCCCACCUUCACCUCGACUUCAGCUCCCCCUCGGCCUAUCAGCGCUCCUAGGAGACCCAGUCAUCACCUCGAAGGAACAUCUAGCUCUCGCCCCCGGCACGACUCUCACUGCCACUGCGACGGUCGUCUCCCUGGACGCUGCAUCUGCUUUCGGCUCUGGUUCAGACGCGGAGAAAAAAGAAGAAAAAAAUCCAUUGUGGGACGAACGGCGGAUCAUCAAUUGACGUUGCAAAAAGCCUUCAGCUUCGCGCAACCACCAGACCAGUGACGUGAGGAAUUAGUGUUGAGGGUUUGCAUGGUAAUCAACACACAUCGAUUACCUGACCGUCCUUUUUUCUUCUCAAAUGGACGCCUCCCAAUACCAUGCGAAUGGUCUAAGCAACAACAACAACAACAACACCAGCAAUCCUCAACAGUACUCGUCGCUGCCCGGAAUUGCCCCCCACCAGCUCCAGCACAACUCCAACCUUCCCACACACACGCUGCCUCCACUGCAAAACUCGCAACACGCGAUGCAAUCCAUCUACGGGAGCGCUCCUCACACUCCGAGAACCCCCACUACCACUCCAGGUACCCCAGGUUCUGCGAACAAUAUGGGUGGGAACUUUCCUCAGAUGGGAGGGCAACAGCAGCAGCAACGAGGUUAUCAGAUGAUGCCUGGUAACAACUACCAGCAGCAACAUCAACAACAGCAGCAGCACCAGCAACAGCAACAAUACCGCUCUUCCGGUCCGAUGAUGCCCCAAUCCUCCACCGCAAUGUCUCAUCCACAACCGAUUGCGCCUGCUCCGAUUCAAAACCGCGGGCCACAAACCCUGCGACCAAUGCCACCAAACGGGCUGCAACAAAUGCAUGGGAUGUCAUCAGCAUAUGGCCAAGGUACCAUGAUGCUUCAAGAUUUGGAGCCGCCAACCCAUGUGGUAGGUUCCCAAGGCCGAAGAGGUAUCCUCCCAAGUGCCCCAGGUAGACCACCUCCGGCAGCAACCGGAACUGGCUCCACCAAAAAUACCAUGAUUCCCGCCAAAGAUGCGGAUGGCAAAUUUCCCUGUCCUCAUUGCACCAAAACCUACCUCCAUGCCAAGCAUCUAAAGCGCCAUCUUCUGAGACGUAAGUCCUCCUCAGAGCUCCUUCCCCUACAAUCCUAACUUUAGGGGCAGACACGGGUGAUCGACCAUACAUGUGCGUGCUGUGUAGGGACACCUUUUCCAGAAGUGACAUUCUGAAGCGCCAUUUCCAAAAAUGCUCUAUCCGUCGCGGAAACCCUACCGGAGCAAGUCAUUUGUCCCAUGCGCAAGCCCAUCUGAAAAAGUCACACCCAGGACCACACAAAGCCCAAGGCUCGAUGGGUAAUGAGAAUGACAUGAUGGGCGUCAACGGCAUGAACAACAAUGGCAUGGGAAACAUGGGCAAUGACCCUUCCCUCCAUCCUUUUGGGGUAAUUCCUGAUGGCAGUGUCCCUAAUGCUGGGUCAAACUUAACCGAUGAGCAAGCAGGUAAACUCGCACGAUCGAACGGAAUGAACAAUAUGGGUGGUGGAAUUGAUAGAAGAAGCAUGACCGGGGCUCCCGGGGGCUCGAACCGUCCUAGCUUUGAACAACAAGGCUAUGCAGCGAGUGCCAUGCCGACUGGUAUGAAUCCUCCAUUCAAUAUGCCCAACGGACAGAAUGGUCACUCAUAUAGCCAGGGCUAUGAUUUCGCCUCCCAUGGCAACGGCUCCAGCAUGCAGCCCCAAUCCUCCGUGGACAUGUCGAAUCUACAAAGCGGCCGAAACGUUUACCAGGGCGCCACCGCUGGCCAGCAGCAUGGCGACUGGUCCCAACAACUUUUUCCUAAUCAAAACCAACACCAACAACAACAACAACAACAACAACAAUCGCAAGGAUACAUGAAUCCAUACACCUCCAACCUCCCGAAUUCUCAAGUGCCGAUCAAAGCAGAAGCUCUUGUGGCAGUCAAGUCGGAAAAUCCAAGUCUCUUCAGUGGAGUCUAUCCAGGCGCAAACGCUCUCUCGACCCCUUCCGAUUUUCCCACAUGGAAUUUCCAGAAUGAUCCGCUCCAGGAGAUCUCCAGCAGACUACUCUUCUUUUGCUUCCCAGAUAAUCAAGUCAUUGGGCGCAGUACGGAGAUUCGUAGCUAUCUGUCAUCGGACAAUAUAAAACAUUUCUUGGAGCAGUAUUCCAAUUUCCAAGGCCAUUUCCCCCUCAUCCACAUGCCUACCUUUCGAAUUGCCGAAGCUUAUGACGGGUUGCUCCUAGGAAUGAUUUGUGUUGGAGCCGUCUACUCUGACCGCAUGCAACCUGGACAAGUGCGUGAUAUGAUGGAAUUUGUCAGAGCCGUUUUGGAACGCAACUCGUCAAUUUUCGCAAGCAUUUCUCAGGACUCCGGCGGCGACACUGGUUAUGGCAAGGAUGCCGCACCUGGCAAGACCGACCUUGAGCAACUUUUGGCCCUUGUGCUGAUGCAUAUCCUCUUCGUUUGGCACGGCACACCAGUUCAACGCGAGAAGGCUCGAAGACAAUUUCCAUUGAUUGUCGCGCUUGGAAGAAAGGCUGGAUUGACGACGCCUAUCACCACUGCUUCGCCUACAUCCUCUUGCAGCGCUCUUCAUCAACGACACGUCAAGGUUGAGAACUUCAACUCCGCAAGCUUUGACUGGUCUGCGUGGGUCGAACAAGAGAAACGUUCCAGAUUGAUGUACGCUAUCUACCUGACGGAUUGCGCUAUGGUCAUCUACUUUAACGCCACCCCAAUCUUUGAAGCACUUGAGGUUCGCAUUCCUCUGCCUGCUGAUGAUGCCGCUUGGGAUGCACGAACAGCGGUAGAAUGUGCUGAAGCACUUGGUUUACAUGGUCCUGUGGUUGCCCGCAAUAAAAAUCAAGAAGGAAGUCGUCGACCCAAACAGCCCGAGAUGCACAGCGCACUUGAGACCUUGAUGCGUCAAGAUCUCGACCUACAACCGGGAACCACAAACUUGUACUCCAAGUUCAUCCUUAUCCAUGCUCUUCAAGUGCAACUUUGGAUCAGCCAAAAGCAACUAUCUCAGGCUCAAAUGAACCCUCACAACCUAGGGUUUCCGGCAAGUGGUUCCAGCACUCCUUUAUCGCAGAAUGAUUGGGUGGUUAGAGGGAUUGAGGGUGCAGCCAGUGGUACAAGCAGUGGUCGGGCAACCCCAGACGCAGGCAGUUCCUCACCUCAACAACUCGCGAAGGAUAUCAGCAUUGCUUUCGAAAAGUGGAAGAAGGUUUGGGACGAGGACAUGGUCGUCCAAUAUCCACCAUCGUCGACCAGCUAUCGCCGCUUUGGUUUCUGUCGCGAUGGGGUCCACUUCUACUGGCUAGGAAAAUAUCUGAUGAAGAACAAUCGGGGCACGGAAUGGCAGAUGGCCCCAGAUCAACGGUUCAGUCAAAUCAUACACCUGCUGAAAUUUGUUAAAGGAUGGGUUCAUUCGGAUAGUGCCAAGCGGGGAGAGGAACUUGGCUCAAUCAACGAUAUUGAUAGUGACUUUGGAGUCAGAGACUUGACGCUGGAUAUGUCUCAACUCUUCAAGUCGAUCAACAAACAGGUCGAUUCUCCCGUCAUGGGUGUACAUACUGGAGGAAAUACGGGAACAUAAAAGUUACGAAAUCGGCCGCGAUACGUUUAGAGGAAAAAUUACCCUGUGGGGUGGCAUUGCGUUGGCGUUAUAUCCUUCCCUCGACCUUUCGAUCUCUCCUCUCACCACUAAUGGUUUCGAUGGCCUUCAGGGAGAAGGAAUUUCCACAAAGUUUUCGAUUUGUCCUUUUUUCAUUGGUUGGUAGAUCAUAUUGCAUUCCAUGGGCUCUUCUUGCAUUUCUUGCUGGGGAGGCAGGUGUUUUGAUCUUUUCAUUACUUGCGAAUUAUAGCAUAUCACAAAUGUUGUUGAUGGGAAUGGUACAUAUAUCUUUCUCUUUUUAUUUUUGUGGACGCGGUCUCUUGACGCACCCAAAAACGAUUCGGGGAUUUUUCAAAGUUGGCGCUGCAUUAGAAUGGGACUUGACGGGCUUUUGCAUUUGAUGGUGGGGGGGGUGUUUGCUGAUUUUUUUUGCUGGGCUGAGUUUGUUGCUGUGGGAUGGGAUGGAAUGAGAAUGAGCACGAGACGACAAGACGAAAACGAACUUUGCAACUUUUGAUGGCUUUCAUGGGAUGGAUGUGGAUGGAUGCGUCUGGGGGGAAGAGGGAUCCUUUCUCAUGGAUGGAUUCCUUGGGGGGUUUUUUUUGAUUUAGACGCGUUCACCUUCCUUCUUAAAGAUAGAUGAUGAAUGAAGAAUUUAUAGCAUUAUUAUAG